AUGACAAACAGCGUGCCUACAACAGACGACAGACAGACACAAGAUACACAACAGCAGUCACAACAACAACAGCAACCAAAAGAGCAGCAGCAGCAGCAACAACAACAGCAGAAACAACGGCAGCCAAAGCAAAAGCAGCCACAACAACAACAGCAGCAGCAACCAAAGCAGCAAGAACAACAACCAAGGCAACAACAACAGCAGAAACAACUGCAGAAGCAACAACAGUAACAACAACAACAGCAGCAGCAACAACAGCAACUAAAGCACGAACAACAACAACAACAACAGCAACAGCCAAAUCAGCCACAGCAACAGCAGCUUCAGCGGACACGCUUUGUGAUUUCGCUGGGCCGCGUUGUCUUUGUCAUCGACAUGCGAAACAAAUGA